AUGACCUACAUGAAGGUUUUGAUGCAGGACAUGCUCGAUGUUGGUAAUGUUUUAAGGACCUACAUGGAGGUGCUGAGGCAGGACACACUCGAUGUAGGCAAUGCUUUAAUGACCUACAUGAAGGUAUUAAGGCAGGACACGUUCGAUGUAGGCAAUAUUUUAAUGACCUACAUGGAGGUGCUGAUGCAGGACACGUUCGAUGUAGGCAAUGUUUUAAUGACCUACAUGGAGGUGCUGAUGCAGGACACGUUCGAUGUAGGCAAUAUAUUGAAGGCCUACAUCAGCUUCAGCGACCGCGACAAUGACAACAACCCCAUGAGUCACUGCGCCAGAACCUUUCACGGCGCCUGGUGGUUCACGGCGUGCCAUGAGUCGCACCUGAACGGCCGCUACCACCGAUACCCUCACCGCAUAUCCGGCGACGGCAUCAACUGGAUGACCUUCAAGGGACUCGGCUACUCGCACAAAUUUACCCUCAUGAUGGUCAGGCCUGCUUCAUAUUCCGUGGGGCGCGGCGCUCCUGACGGUAGAGUCGCCGGCGACUCGAGGUCCACACUUUACGCUCCCCCGACCAAAGCAAUGGCUUCACAGUCAGAUUGUCGUGAUAAUAUUGCACAUAGCCUCUUGACAACGGAUGAGCAUGGCUACACUGCUCUUCAUCAUGCAGUUCUGGCUACUGAUCUCGAAAUGUUAAGGAAACUUCUUCCAUAUGCAGAUGAUAGGUGCAUCAACCAAGAAUCCCGUGACCGAUCCACUGCACUUCUGCUCCUGUGUAGAAGGUUCACCUCGUCAUCAGUGUCAACGGCAGCGAGUGGUCCCCGUAUAGAGGAAGAGAUUUUGUUGAGCCUCCUCGAAGCAGGUGCUAACCCUAACCUGCCGCAACAGGAUCCUAUUUCCUUGCCCCUUUUAUGCGCUCUGGAGAGGCAUUGGUGGCGGGGCGCUGAGCUGCUGCUGGAUGCGGGAGCGAACCCCAAGGCAACGGACUCGGAGCACGAUCAGCAACCAGCCACAUUCUUUGCCAGUGAUAACGUUGAGAUACUGCGAAGACUGGUUAAAGGAGGGUGUGAAAAUGAAAUGGUCGGCCUUUGGAUUAAAGAAAAACGCUAUAGCGAAGCCCAGCUGAAGCAGAUGGUAUUUGCAGAGCACGAUUUUGGGCCGGGCUUCGUCACAGAGACUCUGCUAAGUGAAACCAUGUCGUUCCCGGACCCUAGCUGCUCAUUCUACCUCUUCGAAAACUUUAUUAUAUCAAAUUUCAAUCUUAGAAGUAUCUUCGCGAAAAUCUUUCAGGAUAGAACAACGAACUGGAAUUGCAGGGUGAAAUACGUGACUACAGUGACUAACUACAUCGUCCGAAAUGCAGAGAAAAAAGAAGAACUGCUGUUCCAGCUUUUCUUGCGAUCUUUCCAGUACUGCCAAAAAAUGCCCGGAUUUUGCCAAGGUGGCUGCGGCUGGGAUGUUUCUCCAGAAGGACCAUUUCUUAAAAUACAGCUGGAUAUGCUUAAACAAAUAAUGGAAAUAGCGGAGAACAACGGUCUGCCGAUUGAGAUUUGGAAUUUGAACGAAGCAGAGUGCAGAGUGUUUAAGUAA